GGCCACAUCCCGCCUUUCACCGUCCUUUAGUCCCCGCGUGCAAUCCUUCCGCCACGAUGCCGAUGUUCACCGUGAACACCAACGUUCCCCGCGCCUCAGUGCCAGAGGGGCUUCUCUCCGAGCUCACCCAGCAGCUGGCGCAGGCCACCGGCAAGCCAGCACAGUACAUCGCAGUGCACGUGGUCCCGGACCAGCUAAUGACUUUUAGCGGUUCUAGCGACCCCUGCGCCCUAUGCAGUCUGCACAGCAUCGGCAAGAUCGGCGGCGCGCAGAACCGCACCUACAGCAAGUUGCUGUGCGGCCUGCUGGCUGAUCGCCUGCACAUCAGCCCUGACCGGAUCUACAUCAACUAUUACGACAUGAGCGCAGCCAACGUGGGCUGGAACGGUUCCACCUUCGCCUGAGUGCUGGCCUAAUAACUUACCAGCACCGCUGUUCUUGGAGCCUUGCUGCACUCAGCGUUCUGUUUUCGUCCACACGUAGCAAUGCCCACCCUCCGACCGGGAGAAAUAAAUGGUUUAGAGACA